GCGAUAAUUUAGCGUGUGAGCUAAAAAGAUGGUUGGGUUUAAACAUUUGUUUUGCCCUGGGAAAAACCGUGUGUAGUCCCUUACACCUGUAUUCCACUUGACAAAAAAAAAAAAAAAAAAAAAAGACCAUGACCUUAAAAACCAGUAAUCAGGUUCCUACUUGGAUAAAAAGUUGGUUCUUCAUUAGCUCGCUAGUAGUGACAUGGGAUUUUUGUUAUUGUUUGCUUAGACCUUGGAGUAUGGAAGGAGGGUCAUUGAACUUUAUUUGGAAACCUUAUAAUUUAUACGCAAAGAUUGAUCACUUUUACGGCGUACAAGCAUUUGUAUCCCAAGAUGGUUUUACUGGUGCGCAAGCUACUAUGAAUAUUGUGGAAACAUUUUUGAAUUUUUUCUACUUGUAUCUGCUUGGACGAGAAGAUGUAAGUGUUGGGCAGGCUAACCUUGUGGGCUUUUCAUCUGCUCUUAUGACAUGCUCCAAGACAGUUUUAUAUUGGCUUGUCGAACCUUUUUCAGGCUAUCAGCAUAUUGGCCAUAACUCUAUCCGAGAUCUUCUAACAUUAUGGAUUAUUCCUAAUGGUCUUUGGAUUGUUGUACCUGGAGCCAUCAUUUAUACUUUGGGCAAAGAUAUAAUUUCCCGUUUGGGAACACAUCCUAAGCAAAUUUAAUAUUUUCCGGGAUUAAAUAAAUUGUCCAUUUUCUCCGUAGCCUAUCACUGGUUA